AUGUCUUCAUGGAUUGUGGAAAAGGGGAGUUUAAUAGAAUUGUUGCACUCAUGUUUAACAAACCUAUAUUAUGAUAUUCCAGAGGUUGCACCAUCGAAGUUAUCCGAGGAAGAACACAGUGACAUGUUUAUUUAUCCAAUUACUCGUUCGUUUCAUGGAUCUGAAAAGAAUAUACACUUAGAUUAA